CGACCUCCGCUAUCAACCGACUCCGUUCAAUUUUAAAAUGCUAUGACAGCGCGGCCCGCGAGGAUGCGCAUGCGCGGCGUGGGUCACCCGCCAGUUGGCCUCGGAUUCGAAUGCAGUGAUGGCGGAGGAAGUGGAGCAGCCCCAGACCACCAACACUGUUGAGGAGCCUCUUGACUUGAUCAGACUUAGUCUGGAUGAACGGAUUUACGUGAAGAUGAGGAACGAUCGAGAACUUCGUGGCAGACUUCACGCAUAUGAUCAGCACUUGAAUAUGAUUUUGGGAGAUGUUGAAGAGACAGUAACAACCGUGGAGAUCGAUGAGGAAACGUAUGAGGAGAUAUACAAAUCCACCAAGAGAAAUAUCCCGAUGCUGUUUGUCCGUGGUGACGGUGUUGUUCUUGUGGCUCCUCCGCUGAGGGUGGUCUGACCCUAACCAAACGGAACACUACGGACUGAGCUUCAACACCAGAUUAUCACUUUCAGUUGAAUGACAGUGUUUGAUAGAACAUAUUUCAAAGUUACAUUGCACAAAGCUGGUGCCUCAAGUUUAUUUUUGGCUAUUGUGUGAAAUAAAUUGUCUUUUUGUUUGAUUUAAUAAAGAUUACCUCUCAUCUUUG